AUGUUUGAUGCGUCCAUUGUAAUCAAUUAUUCUCGACAGGUCCUACUGUUACUUUUACAAAAUCUGGACAUCCUCACCUCCAAAUUUUCGCCUACUGACUUCAAGAAAUACAUGCUCCCUGUCCUGACUUCAUCGCUGGAAACAAAUACAACAUCCAUUGUGCAACUGUGCCUCAAGAGCAUACCUGAUGUUGCCCAGAUGAUUGACUUCCCGAUUCUCAAAUCUGCAAUUGUUCCGCGCCUCAAGAAGGUGUAUGUGCGUCAUGAUCUUGUCAGUCUACGCCUGGAAACUUUAAUCUGUCUCGCAAAAAUUCUGGAGUACUUGGACAAGUGGUGUGUUAUGGAGGACGUCUUCCCUUUCCUUGUGGAGAUCAAGUCACGUGAACCCACCAUAAUCGUUGCUGUCCUGACCAUUUACAGGGUGGCUUUUCUUCACAAAAAACUCGGUAUUUCGAGGGAUGCUCUUGCCACCCGCGUCAUCCCACACCUUCUUCAGUUGUCUAUGGACAAUAAUCUGCAACUAACCCAGUACACUGCCUGCGCCGAACUUAUUCGACAAAUGAUCACGCAACUGGAAACUGAACAGAAGGCGAAGCUGUCAGAACUUCACAAUGAAACAGAGGAAUCUGCGUGA